CUUUCACUUGAGCAGCCAACUUGUUAUCAGGGCGCAUUCUCGGGCUACGAUGUGGAGGGAAAAGGGGACCGCGGCCAGAUAAAAACACGCUACUCUUGACUUAUUAUCGUUAUUGACGAACGAACAAACAAAAACAAUUCAAACAACCUACUUAACUCUUUUUCUUUUAGGAGCAAAACAGCAACACGUUGGCGCAAACUUCGGGAGGCAAGUUUAGCCGCACAUUGUCGCGGUUGUUUUUUUUUUUUUUUUUUUUCUUUCUUUUUUUUUUUUUUGGAGGGCGCUGUAGCCAUUGUUUCCUAACACAUGGAUCUUUAGUACAUCGAGGAGCCUCUUGCUGGCUUGGACUGCUGUAGUUUUUGUGGCCCCCGGGGCUCUACAUGAGGACAUCCCACAGUGGGGACGCACGCGCUUCCAAGGAGACCCACUUUGACAAGUUGUUGCAAAUACCGUGGAUUAUUAUUGACAUGGACGUCAGGACAUCGUCCAGAAGAUGAAAAAUGGACAUAAUCUUGUAGUUAGUUGUGCCCCUCCACUGAGCCGUUUGGACGAUCUGAUUACAAGUGGUUUGUUCUAACUCUUGCACCCACGUUUUUUUUUCUUUCUCCCACCCUUGUCGAUCCACUUCACUUCUUUGCAAAAAUGCCUCAGCUUAAUGGAGGCGGCGGGGAUGAUUUGGGGGCUAAUGAUGAAAUGAUACCCUUUAAAGACGAAGGGGAGCAGGAGGAAAAGAUUUCCGAAAAUGUCUCGGCAGAAAGAGACUUGGACGACGUGAAAUCCUCGUUGGUAAACGAGUCGGAAAACAACAGUAGCUCGUCAGACUCCGAGCAAGCAGAGAGGCGUCCCCAAACCAGAGCUGACUCGGAAAGUUAUGAGAAAACAAGAGACUAUUUUGCUGAAGCAUUGAGAAGACAACACGAUGGCGGUCUCUUUAAGAGCCCCCAUUAUCCUGGCUACCCCUUUCUCAUGAUCCCAGACCUCACUAAUCCAUACUUGUCCAAUGGCUCUCUUUCACCCAGUGCAAGAACAUACCUGCAGAUGAAAUGGCCUCUUUUGGAUGUCCCUGGCUCCACAGGACUCAAAGAUUCCCGUUCUCCAACACCGGGCCAUUUAUCAAAUAAAGUUCCUGUGGUCCAGCAUGCCCACCAUGUUCAUCCACUGACACCCCUUAUCACCUAUAGCAAUGAACACUUCUCCCCUGGCACACCACCGUCACACCUUUCUCCGGAAAUACUUGACCCAAAGACAGGUAUUCCUCGUACCCCUCAUCCAUCUGAACUUUCACCAUACUACCCCUUGUCUCCUAGUGCAGUUGGUUCUAUUGCCCACCCGUUAGGAUGGCUCAUGCCACAGCAGGGCCAGCACAUGUACUCCAUCCCUCCAGGGGGAUUCCGUCACCCCUAUCCAGCACUAGCUAUGAAUGCAUCCAUGUCCAGCUUGGUGUCCAGCCGUUUCUCCCCCCACAUGGUGACUCCUCCACCACACAGCCUCCAUCAAACUGGCAUUCCCCAUCCCGCCAUCGUUUCGCCAACCAUCAAACAAGAGCCCAACAGCGACAACACUACCCCAUCGAUGCAUGCCAGGAAAUCUCCCAUCCCUCCCAAGAAAGAAGAGGACAAGAAGCCUCAUAUCAAAAAGCCUCUGAAUGCUUUCAUGUUGUAUAUGAAGGAGAUGAGAGCCAAAGUAGUGGCAGAGUGCACUCUGAAGGAAAGUGCUGCCAUAAACCAGAUCCUUGGAAGACGGUGGCAUUCCCUGUCAAGAGAGGAACAGGCCAAAUACUAUGAGCUGGCUAGAAAAGAGAGGCAACUCCAUUCCCAGCUCUACCCUGGAUGGUCAGCGCGAGAUAACUAUGGAAAACGGAAAAAGAGGAAGAGGGACAAUAAACCUGACUCAAAACCAGAAGACUUCUCAAUAAGAAGCAAGAAACAGUGCGUUCAGUACCUGCCCUCAGAGAAGAUGUGUGACAGCCCAGCGUCAUCCCACGGAAGCAUGCUGGAUUCACCAGCCACCCCAUCCGCAGCGCUGGCCUCACCAGCUGCUCCUGCGGCUACUCACUCCGAGCAGGCCCAGCCGCUGUCGCUCACCACCAAACCUGAGGGGCGCAUGCACCACCACUUCUCUGUCCUUGGAAAAGGUUCAGGAGGAACUUCUUCCUCAUCAUCAUCUGCCUCCCAGCCGACAAUUUCUGUCCCUCUGUCUUCUAUUGGUACUUCAGGUAGCCAGUCGGCUGCACCCAUCCUGACCCGGCCGAUUCCUUUUACAUCCCUGCACCCUUCCAUGCUCUCACCCCCUUCACCUUUCCAUCAGGCAGCUCUUCACUCCCACCAUGCCCUGUUCCAGUCACAGCCUUUGUCCUUGGUUACCAAACCAACUGAAUGAAUCAGCAAAAACAUUUUUUUUCUACCAUUUAUUAUGCUGUAUAUUGCUUUUCUUUAAGAUAGGUAGUAGAGCAACCUUUUUUUCUAAGUAAAGAAGAGGAAAAAAUAUUAUUAGUCAAUAUUUGACUGUCUCCUUUUCUACAUCUCUCAAUGAAACAAAUUGUAUUUUUUGUAAAGUUUAUUGCAGAACCAGUUUUGUUUUGACACAUUUAUUCAACGAACCUCGUGUAUAAAAGAACCAAUGUAAAUAGUUUCGUUAUAAAAACAAAAAUUGAACAAAAACACAUAUUCUUUGUAGCCAAAAUCUGAUUAAUGUUAGUAUUGUUUUUUUGUCGUUGAGCUGGCCAAUAAUUUUGCAGCCGUUUUCAAUUCACGAGUGUGUGAUCUGCCUUUGACAUGUUAAAUAAACAUUUGAAAUGGUUUCUUACAGCAAAUGUUUCCUGUUUCUCAUGUUAAUUUAAUCCAUGUGAUUUGAUAACAUUGAUUUUUAUAGUGUAAUUUUGUAUCAUUAGGAUUAAUAUUCUCGUGAUCACAACAAAAGCUUUAUUGAAGAGUGCUGUUAUAUGAAAGUCACACUUGAAUAAUAGCCUAGAACAUCAGUGUGUUUAGCUCUAAACUGGAAACUGCUGCAUAACAAUCUUGCUGAUGCUGCCAUACAGUUUAAUGUUUAAUAAACCCCAAUUAGACAAACCACAUUGGAUAAUUAAAACCUGAACCAGGUUGAUAAAAAAAGAAAUCAGGCUUGAAGUAAACACAAAUAAAAUAAUAAUGAACAUCUGCUCCUUUUCAUCAUAUAGUGUCCCAUAUCAAUGACAAAAAAGGAGGUCAGCACUGUCCCAGCACAGUGAAACCUGCACAAGAUCCCUGUUCCUCUUGCAAUCUUACUGCAUCUUUAUUCACCAUUUGGCAAGCAUUUUAUGCUUUAAUUAAUUCAGAGGUAAUGGGCUGUAGCCCUUGGGACCUCAUUAGGCAUUUCAAUUAGGGAGAAACACACAAGGUAGGUUACAGUUUUUGGUGCCUUUGGAAAUGAGGAGCAAUGUCAGAUAUGGGCCAAUUAUGCCAGAGUAGGGGGACUGACCUGGACAAACACUGACGUCACCAACAUCUUCAGCUGGAUCUUUCUGUAACUAUGAAUAAUUGUGUAAAUAAGGACUGGAAAAUUGGCCCAUAAAAUACAUAUUUUCAAUGUAGGCAAGAACAAGGAAUUUUCAUGAUUGCAACAAUAAAUAAUAUAUGAAAAGUAGUGCUGUAUAUAU